CAUAACAGCAGCCAUACUCCAUCUCCCUGCUUUGCUCGAUAGCUAGCGGCAGGUAUCGCACGGGUUGCGCCAAUCCUUGCCAGCCACAACAACACCGAACGUCCAACAAGCUAGUAGUGGCCGGAAGCGACUCGCUCUUCUCUCCAGGAGACAGAGCGUCCAGUCCAUAUCAACAGCCCAUCGAAUCGAACAGCCAGCAGUAGUAGUAAUAGAUAGUAUCAGCAGCAGCAACAGCUCUCCAUCCUCAGUGUAGUAGCAUCUGCCACAGAAGCCUCUUUGCUUAUCCCUCCGGUUUGCCCGUUCCGCGUCGUCGCCGGGAGUGAAUUUGUGGGGGGGAGCGCGCGCGCGCGCUCGUGUGUGUGUGUGUGUGUGUGUGUAUGUGUGUGUGUGCUUCGGUGUGCCAAAAGUGGUGUAUACAGUGUCCGUUUCCGACCGUCGACGGGGGUGGGGUGUGCGCGCCCGGAAACUGGGAGUGUGUUUUUUUGGUGGUUCGCGAGGGUUGAUGGUUACGGUUGCAGGCCGGUGGCCAAUGGAAGGCGGCUGGUGGCCAUUCUGCCAUUCCACCGUAGCGCCGGAUUAAAGUAGGAAAGAAGGACAUCCGGGGACCUCCCUCUGACAGAGGGACAGAGGGCAACCGCACAGACCCAGACAGAGGCAGACAUCCUGCCUGCCAUUCUACCACAAUCAACGCCAACGUCAAGCCACCAACGAGCGAUCAAAGCAGCAAUCAAUAACGACGGUGCGAGCUCCGGAGCUCGAAUUUGGACUGUGUGCGCGUGUCUGUCUGGGUGGGUGUUAGUGUGUGAGGGAAACAGGUUGGUAACAGUGGCGCUCCAGCUACUCCUCCUCGUCGUCGGAAUGGCGUCUGCACGGGUUGCUGCCGCCGGCACCGCCACCACCAGCACCAGAAAGCUGCCGCUGAUGACCGGUGGUCCUGCACUGUUACUGUUGCUGCUACAGCAAGUCCUGCUGGUGGCCGGUCACCGUGGUGGCGGUGGUUCGCAUCCGCAGUUCCUGCGCAGCUUCGCACCGCACGCGACCACCCUGAACGAUCCGUGCUACGACGAGGAUCGGCCGCGGCGCUGCAUGCCGGACUUUGUGAACGCCGCGUUCGGUGUACCGAUCGAGGCUUCGUCGGUGUGUGGCCACGAGCAGCCAGCUCGUUUCUGUGACCAGCGCGCCACUGGCGCACUUGAUCCUGCGGUUCCGUCGUCGUCGUCGUCGUCGUCGUCGUCGGCGGUGACUGGAAGCGGAGGACGCAUCGGGACAACGCAGGAGACUACGCUCGCGUGCGAGAUCUGCGAUGCGUCGGAACCAACCAAACGGUACCUGCCGGCCGCCCUCACCGAUGUGCACAACUCGAACAACGUGACGUGCUGGCGGUCAGAGCCACGGUCCGGUUCGCUCGAUGCCGGGCCGGACAACGUAACACUGACACUGUCGCUGGGCAAGAAGUUUGAGCUAACGUACGUCAGCCUCAGCUUCUGCCCGUACGCGCUCCGGCCGGACUCGAUGGCGAUCUACAAGAGUGCCGACUACGGCAAGAACUGGCUGCCUUUCCAGUUCUACAGCUCCCAGUGCCGGAAGCUGUACGGGCGGCCAACCAAGGCCCAGAUUUCGCUCAGCAACGAGCAGGAGGCGCGGUGCGUGGACCACAACCGGUACAGCGUCGACGGUGUGCAGGGCUCCCGGAUCGCCUUCAGUACGCUCGAGGGCCGACCGUCGGCGCCCGAUUUUGACAACUCUGUCAUCCUGCAGGACUGGGUGACGGCCACCGACAUCCGCGUCAUCUUCCAUCGGCUCCAGGUACCCUCAGGGGGUGGUGGUAGCGGCGGCGGCGGCGGCGGUGGCGGCGGUCUGUUGACCGGCUCCAGACACCAAUCAACCGAGCUGAAUGGCGGUGGUGGCGGAGGCGGAGGCGGUGGCGGUGGCAAGUUCGGUGGCGUCGCCAAGAAGGCGUCCGACUUCCUACCCGCGGCUUCGCGCGAACUACCGAGCGGUUCCGGUGUGCUGACGUACGCGCUCUCCGACUUUGCCGUCGGUGGACGCUGCAAGUGCAACGGGCACGCGUCGCGCUGCAUCAAGAGCCCGACCGAUGGGAAGCUGGAGUGUGACUGCAAGCACAACACGGCCGGCCGGGACUGCGAACGCUGCAAACCGUUCUACUUCGAUCGACCGUGGGGCCGCGGUACCGUCCGGGAUGCCAACGAAUGCAAAGCCUGCCAGUGCAACGGGCAUGCCCGCAAGUGUCGCUUCAAUCUCGAUCUCUACAAGAUGUCCGGGCGCGUCUCCGGUGGCGUGUGCAUCGACUGUCGGCACGAUACGACCGGCCGGCACUGUCACUACUGCCGCGAGGGCUUCUACAAGGAUCCAACGAAACCGAUCAGCCACAAGAAGACGUGCAAACCGUGCGACUGCCAUCCGAUUGGCUCGUCGGGCAAGAGCUGCAACCAUACAUCGGGCCAGUGCACCUGCAAGGAGGGCGUGACGGGGUUGAACUGCAACCGGUGUGCCCGUGGCUACCAGCAGAGCCGCUCGCACAUCGCACCCUGCAUCAAAAUUCCUCGGGUCAUCAACAUUAACCACCAGGCGCAGAAUACGGCUCCGGAGUCCUACCAGUACGAUCCCGAUGCCAGCGAAGGCACCAAAGAGAAUUGCGGCAAAUGUAAAUUCGAUACGAAGCGAUUAAACUUGAACAAAUUCUGCAAACGCGAUUAUGCGAUCAUGGCGAAGGUGACCGGGCGAGCGACGGCAGGCGGCAAGAAUGGGCCGCGGGAUGAGGUGCGCUUUAACCUGCAGGUACAGUCGGUGUUCAAGACGUCCAACCCGCUGCUGACGGUGAGCCAGCGCAAGUCGACCAUGGGGCUGCUGGUGCCAGCGAAGAACCUGGACUGCCGCUGCCCGAACAUCAAGAUCAACAAAUCCUACUUGAUACUGGGCAUGGAUGCGAAGAGCAAUCCGGACAACCUGCUGCUCGGACCGAAAACGAUCAUCAUCGAAUGGAAGGACGACUGGAAUCGGCGGCUGCGACGGUACCAGCAACAGGCCGCCUCCUGCUACUAAGUCCAAUCCGGGAAUCGGGAGCCCACUACCCAAACACACAUACACAACACACACAUACAUACAGCCCAACAGCAGAGCUCUUGGACCAGCGGGUCCCGGCACCGUUGGCGUCGUUGACGUCGAGACGUUGCAAUGACGAGACGGUGGGGAUGACGUACCAACAGCGGAAUGGGAAGGGGGUAGUCGGGUCCAAAUCCCCGCUUCUCCCCCAUUAAGGUGGGGAAAGCGUACCACCAAUAGUAUUUUGAAUUUAUUCGUUAUAUUUUAACACACACUUACACACACACACACACACCAACCGAUCGAAAUCGAUGGUCCGAAGUCGCGAUCAUCACGAAAACCAUCGACAUGCAUGCAAACCCCCUACCUCCACGCCCCUUUACUUUAUUUCGCUCUCAUCCUCUCUCUCUCUCUCUCUCUCUCUCUCUCUCUCUCUCUCUCUCUCACACAUAGACAUUCUCCCUGUUUCUCUCUCUGCCACGGAGCAAAGAAUCUCAUCCCCCGGUGCCAUUUUUUUCCACUAAUUGAGGGUAGGGUGUUCGCAGAAGGGGAUGAGGGACGGGUGGACAGGAGGACUGGUACUACGAAAAAAGUACUCGUAACGCCCAAGUACCCCAAGCCCGAAGGUAGUACUAACCGAAAUGCCAACUAACAAGCCGCCAUUGUGAAGGAUGGAUGAAAUGGCUGGGGGUUCGGUGUCGAUUCGAUUGGUAGUGGUAGAAAGAAGAGGGUACCCUGCCUUUUCACUCUGGCCAAUCCACCAGCCAGCUUUCAAACUGGAGUGACAGGAGAGUUUUUUCUUUAAUUAUUUGUUUGUUCAUACUUUAAGUAUUACAUGUAUAUGCGCCCAAAUAUGUGCGUGUGUAUACUUAUGUAGAGUUGCAUAUUCUAAUCUACAUACCCACUAGCGCGUGCGUGCACACACCGCAUGCAUCCAUUCGAAGUACGAUGCAACUAUCGUUUUGCAAUCAAUCAAAUUUGUACAAUAAACUCUCAUAUUUGGAGACGUGUGUGUCCGUAUCUGAGUGCGUGUUUGUGUUUGUGGGGAAAAGGUUUGGGGUGUCCAUCAGUUGGACUUUGCGCAGCGACUUAGGACAUUGAGCCCACGGUCCUACUAACCUGCUCUUGGCUUCCCCUCUCUUCUCCACUUCCCUUUUACCCAUCCUUCUUGAGUUUGUGUGCGUUCUUUGUUUGGAGUGAAUUUACGGGAAUUAAACUCGUCGAGUCGUCACGCAAAGGACUUUAAUACAUCAGCGAAGGUGUUGCCAACAUGGUUGGUUGUAGUAGCGGUCAUUGACCGCUCGGUAGCGCAUACACCUGAGACACACACAAAUUCGCACAGACAGGCAAGAAGAGAGGGGGAUUAUAAAGAAAGAGAGGCUGGGAGGGAGGGCAGGGAUGCUGCGCAACAACAAAUUGCCAAAAUAGAAUAUGAAUCGGCGAAGGAUGAAGGGAAGGGGUAGGAAAUAAUGGACUUAGAAAUGGGUGCUGUCUGUAUCUCUGUAUAUACACGAUAACGAUAGAACGAUAAACUACACACGCUACACACACCCACACAACACUCACACACACGACACUGCUACAAAUGUCUUGUUUUUGCUCCAGUGGUCUUCUGGCCUUCCUGGCGCCCCAAGAGACACGAUGCCACUACACACGAUACACGCGCACUCCAGCAGCAGCAGCAGCAGCAACAAUUAGCAAUGCUGUGAAUGCGAAUCUUGGUUGCAACAACACCCCAAGUCCACGUCCAUCGAUUCUCGUACAGACACAUACGCACGCACACAACUACUCACAUACUCACAAGCGUUUAUAUAUAUAUAUAUACACACACAUACACAAUAAAAAAAAACAUACUAGUACUGCGAAAGUAAUAAUUAUUUAACGAUUGUAACAAUAACAACUAAUAAUUCGAU